CAAAAUAAAUCCCAUAAUAGUACCAAUAUCACCAUCCAUUUUAAUCUCACCGAUUCUUCCUUCACCACUUACAUCACCGAAACAGCUGAUAAGCAACUACAAUAAGCAAUAUCGAUAGCAUAUUGAAAAUCAAUAUGAAAUAUAAAAUUGUCAAGUAAAUCAAAUAAGCUUAUAGAUGUUUUCAAAAGCAUUGCAACGAAAGAGACAUGAUCUUUUCAAAUUCGACGUUGUGCUUAGAUUUUUCAAUUAUAUCGGACUUCGUGGCUUUCAGCGAAUAUAUUAUAAGACUGAUUUUAAUUACUAGUCUUCUUUUUGAAUUUUUCGAGUCAGUAUUCUAUUCUGUAAUUCUUUCAGUUAACAAUAAACCUAUCCCGCAUUUUAGAAUUUUAUGCCACCAGAUUCUAAUCCUGUCUUCGAUUUAAUAUGAUUUUUAAAAUAGACUUUCAUGUAUAUAAAAAAAGAAAUAUUGACUACAAUUGCUUUGCCAUCUGAUGAUUUGGAAAAGAUAAUUUAACGGAUUUGGAAAAGAUAUUUUAAUAUCAACACUAGCAGUAUCUAAAUUGUAUCUUUAAUCUUCAUACCGUCGAUUAAUUUUCUUCAACUGAAUUAGAAUCACGUAUUGCUUCUAUCUACCAACGCAAAUAACCGGAAAAGUUACAAUAAAAUUAUAUUUUCUUUCAAGUAAGUAUUGUAAAUCUAAUUGAUAAGGACAUGUUAUUUUGUGUAACUGAAUAAACGUUAGCAGAAUGUCCGCAACGGUUUAUACGUAAGUGGAAAGUGCACGGAAGAAAGUUAUGAUACGCAAUGAGCCGGACAGACUCUUACCCAAUCUACUGGUGAAAGGAUACAUUUUUCGUCCGCAUCUUUCUUUGCCAGCCUUUAGUUUAAACCGUGUCGCUACGAGAAAUGCCAUGAACGUGAAAUAUAUACAUUUUCUGUGCGAAUAAUUCUUAGAUUAAUAACUCCAUACUGGAAGAAAUAAUAAAAUCCAAAGUGUGAAAUCGUUAAAAAUGUGGUUCUUGGUUAUUUGUUUGUUUAUAACAUUGUUCGUCAAAAUAAUAAUUGACCAAAAGCAGUCAGGAAAUUCUCCACCAGGUCCACCAGGAUUACCAAUAAUCGGAAAUAUAUUGGACAUUAAACGUUUAAUGAAGAAAACUAAAUUCCAAGCUCAUGUUUGGUGUUAUUUAGCAAAAAUGUACGGACCGAUAGUGCAUUUACGACUUGGAUUCGGCUAUACGUUUAUAAUUAUUUCUGGACGGGAAGCUGUCAUCGAGAUGCUCAGUCGAGCAGAAUUUGAUGGCAGACCAAAUAACUUAGAAAUUCAAUUGAGAACCGGAGGUGAACCCAGAGGAUUAAUCUUUACGGAUGGAAAACGUUGGUCAGAGCAUAGAAGAUUUACAAUAAAAACCCUGAAACGUCUUGGUUUCGAUAAAACAAACAUGGAAGAUAUGAUACUGGAGGAUACUGUUACUUUGUUAAAAAUAAUCGAAGAAUUAGCAGAAAAAGGACCAAUAACAAAUAUAUACGAUCUCGUUUCGAUCGCCGUUAUAGCCAGCUUUUGGUUUCUUGUUACAGGAUCGAAAUUUCAAUUGGAUCAAAAAGAUCCCAAAUUGAUGGAAGCUAUUGCGAUAUCAAACGAAAAUGCAAAACGUUCCACUACGAUCGGUGGUAUAAUAAAUCAACUGCCUUUUCUCAGAUAUAUUUUACCACGUUUAACGGGAUAUACACAGUUGCAAGAGCGGCAAAAUCGACUGUGGCUAUACUUCAAAAAAAUAAUAAUGGAACACAAAGAGACUGAAAUACAGAAUGAACCAACGAACUUAAUCGACAUUUAUCUAAAAGAGAUGCAAACACGAUGCUCCAAUUUAUCUUCAUCAUCAGAAUUCAACGAUGAAAAUUUAAUCGCACUUAUCAGAGAUCUUUUCAUUGCCUCAAUCGAGACGACCACCAGUACCACUGGUUUCGUGUUCGCGUAUCUUUCCGUAAAUCAAUAUAUACAAAAAAAGAUACAUGAUGAAUUGGAUGAAGUUCUCGGCAAGGAUAUUUCACCUCGUCUCGUACAUAAAAACCGACUUCCAUAUCUACAAGCAACUCUGGCGGAAGUAGCGAGAAUGGGGAACGUAGCAGCAACUUCAGUGCCUCAUCGAGCUAUGAACGAUACAACUUUGUUAGGAUACAAUAUAAAAAAGAAUUCCAUUUUGUUAGCGAAUUUAAUGAGCGUUCAUAUGGAUGAGAAUCACUGGGGCGAUCCAAAAACGUUUCGUCCUGAAAGAUUCAUCAACGAAAAAGGAGAAUAUUACGACGAUCCUUGGCUAAUGUCAUUUGGAUUAGGUCACAGAAGAUGUCCAGGUGAGAUUCUGGCGAAAAAUUUUCUCUUCUUGAUAAUCGCUUGCAUGCUGCAAAGAUUCCAUUUCGCCAUAGCACCAGGAUAUCCGGAACCAAAUUUAUUAGGUAUCGAUGGCUUUACUAUCUCACCACCACCAAUAAAUCUCCUAAUUACGAAACGAAUAUAAUAAUCAUGAAAGACUAAU